AUGAUGCUUGGUCUCGCUCGAACCGUUCGCGCUGAGUAUGGGGUGGAUAUCACAACUGUUGAGGUCGAUGCUACUACGGUGACUACCGGCGGUGCCCUUGGCGCCCUACUUAGCCUCUACAGUACUGUCUUAGAGAGGAAGCGUACGAUUGACUUCUACUGUGCGGAGGUAGAGUCAGACUAUGAAUACGCUAUCGAUGAUGAUGGGAUUGUGAAGGUGCCCUGGAUGCGCUGGUCCUUACUGCUUAGUGAGCUUGUAGACUGCGAGGUGCCGCUGAAGAGUUCUGGCGCUCUGUCUGUUCUUGCGGCCGUACUAGAAUUCCGCCCUGAUGUCUUGUAUCUUCUUAUCGGUGGGUUGGGUGGUCUCAGCCAAGCGAUAUCUACGUGGAUAGUCAAGAAGGGGGCACGCAGUUUAGUCUACCUAUCACGCAGCGCCAGCAGUAACAAGACCAAAGCGUUCCUCGAAGAGUUGGGAAGUCAGGGCUGUACUACCACAAUUAUUACUAGGAGUGUUAGUAGCCCCACAGACGUCGCUAUGGUGGUUCGACUUGCACCCAACCCCGUCGCAGGCGUGAUGUAA